CCAUAGUGGGCAGACGUAGCGACUUGGAAUCGUAAAAUAAUUCUUUCCACUGAACGAAAUCAUGCAAUAUAUCUUUAUUUUCACAGUGGUGUGGAUUUCUGUUGAUAGAUUCAGUAACGCCAGCCCUAUUUACUUCGUGGUGGCGCCAAAUGUUAUUCGCCUCAAUACAGACGAAGUAGUGACGCUGACAACGUACGGAAUACAAGAAGACAUCACGAUUGAAGUGUCUUUGAAAAACUUCACAAAUAAGAACCAGACGUUUUUCCGGAAUACUGUUACCGUGUCCAAAGGUGUUCCUACCAAUGUUACGAUUCGACUGAAUGUCGAGGACAUGGCAGAUGCCGUAAAAGAAACUCACUACGUAUCCCUGGUUGCUCAAGCCAACGAAGAAGCCAUUUCUUUUAGGCAGGAAGUCCCCAUCCUCGUUGACGCCAGUCCGGGCUUUAUCUUUAUCCAGACGGACAAACCUUUAUACACCCCAGGGCAAACAGUUAAUCUCAGGAUAAUUCCUCUGAGUGCAGAUCUGUUCCCGGCCAAAUGGAAAGUGCACAUUGAUAUAUUAAAUCCAGAUGGCGUGACGGUCAGCCAUUCAGCCAAUGACGGCGAAGGACCUUUCCUGGUGGAGAAACUGAAGAUUCCUAACAACCCAGUGUUUGGAAACUGGACAGUGUCGGCUAAAUACACCAAUGGGCUACAAACGUCGGCUAAAAUAAGAUUUGAAGUCCGUGAAUACGUGUUACCGACCUUCACUGUGACCUUCAGAGUACCAGAAGAGGACAAGGUCAUAUUACCUACCGACAAUCUGUUUAAGGCGAAACUCCUUGCUCGAUAUGUUUAUGGAAAGCCAGUCAAAGGGCAUGUAACUGUGACAUACGGACUGGUUUGGCAUGGCCAUGUGUUCACAAUGGGAAAACAGCGUAAUAUAAAGUUAAAUACAACAGGAGAAGCCCUAUUCAAAGUGAAAACUGAGGCAUUGAAACUUCCCAUUGAAAGCGUCUGGUUUCCAAAUGGCGGCCGUCUCUUCCUGGAAGCGGCCAUCACAGAGAGUGCGUCUGGUAAGAUUGAGCACGCAGUCGACCAAUCGGUGGUGUUUGCUGAGACGGCAUUUGUAUUCAAGUUUACACGUUCUUCAAGAUACUUUAAACCAGGUCUACCCUACAUUUUCCAUAUUGAUGCGUACAGAGCAAAUGGAGAGCCCGCACGUGACCUGGAUGUUUUGGUGGAGACUCACGCUCAGGUCAAGGACACGGAACCAAGAAUCUGGGUGUCACAUUCUGCGGGACAGAAAGUUUUUAAGACUGCACUCAAUGGUCGAAUGGCUUUAGAAUUUCUAUCACCACCUGAAGCCAAAUCCUUGAGCUUUUUGGUGCGAUCAAAACAAAAAGGGUUAAGACGGGAUGCGCAAACGACUGCUUACUACCGAGCGAAUCCAUACUACUCUCCUACCAACACAUUCAUGUUAGUGAAGGCGACUCCAACUUCGGAUUCACCCAGUGCUAUACCCAAAAUAGGAGACUUUCUGACAGUAACAACCACCAACACGGACCCCAUUGACCUUGAAACAGUUACAUUGUUGGGCGUGUCCAGAGGGAAGAUUGUGUAUCAGAGUCAGACUCGCAAUCUAGGAGGAAACACGACCAGUUUCCACUUUCCUGUUACACCAUGGAUGUCUCCUGGCUUGCGUCUGUUGGCUUUCUCGGUUCGUGAAUCUGCUCAGAGACCAGAAGUGAUCACGGAUUCCACGUGGCUCGACAUCACGGAACAGUGUGGACAAGAGAUAAACAUUACCUCCAGCCUGCCUCACAGGCGGACCUUCUUCCGGCCUGGCGAUAGAGGGUCUUUAACAAUCUAUGGCGAUCCCAAGAUGUAUGUCGGCCUGGUGGCUGUCGACAAAGCUGUGUAUAUUCUGAAGAACCAGGCUACAAUGUCACGUCUUAAGCUGUUUGAUGCCAUCCGGUCUCAGGAUCGUGGGUGUGGUCGAGGUGGUGGGCGGGACAGUGCCAGUAUCUUCCAGGAUGCUGGGUUAACCGUAUUAACUAACGCUGCUUUACGAACAGAGCCAAGGUCAAAAGAUGGAUGUCCGAAAAAAGCUGUUCGAAAACGAAGUACAAAACCUCAAAAAAUAUCUCUGGAAAUGUUGUGCUGCCAAAAAGGCUCGGAGAUCACAAAUGCGACACUCAAGAUCUGUUUUGACCUGGCUAAAGUUGUCAAAGAAGGAACCAAAUCUCUCCAGUGUGCCCGCGAAUAUUUCAGGUGUUGUCGACAGGCGGCAGAACUUUUAGAUGUAGCCAAUGUCACAGGACGAAUUGCACGACCAGGCAAGACACCGCCAUUUUCCAACCUUGAUGUUUUCCUCGAUGAACCGGCAGAGGUCAAUGUGGAGAACAUUCCACUGAGAUCUAACUUCCCUGAGUCCUGGUGGUUCCAAGAUUAUGUCUUAGGACCUGAGGGUACAACAUCGAUUGACUUUACACUUCCGGACACGAUAACGACGUGGGUGGUACAGGCGGUGGGCGUGUCCCAGGAGCAUGGGUUCUGCGUGGGUGCGCCUCACAACAUCACGGCGUUCAAGAACUUCUUCAUACACCUCGACCUCCCAUACAGCGCCGUCAGGCUGGAGCAGCUCGAGGUGCGAGCAACUGUCUACAACUACCUGGAGCGAGACAUUAUGGUACGGCUGUACGUCUCCAGUGUCAAAGGUGUGUGUUAUGCAGGACAGAAGGGAGGUAACUACGAACUGGCUCAAAUUGAUGUGCCUGCUAACGAUGCUACUUCAGUUUCUUUCCCUUUGAUACCCAUGGAGAUUGGAAAUUUCAAAAUUAAGGUUUCUGCCUUUUCUUUAUGGGGAAAGGAUGCAGUGGAAAAAGUCCUGAAAGUUGAGGGAGAAGGAAUAGAGAAAAUUCACACAGUCUCCAUAAUGUUGGAUCCCAGCGGCAAGCGUCUGCUCAGAGACAACUCCGGAAAUGUGUCCUUCUCUAUUCGGAACAGGAUUCACUCGGACGAGCGACGACAGCAUGUGGAACUCAGUCUGGAUCUGCCAGUGGAAGCCAUUCCGCAAACAGAGGCGUGUACGCUCAGCAUUAUAGGUGAUGUUCUUGGACCGACUGUGUCGGGCACGAUAGAAGGAGUGGAAACCAUGCUGAGGCUUCCUACUGGGUGUGGAGAACAGAAUCUCAUUUACCUUGCCCCCAACGUGUUCAUCCUGAGAUACCUCAAGGCAACAAACCAGCUGUCGUCUGCCAUGGAGAAAAAGGCCAAGACGUACAUCAGACAAGGUUUCAACAGACAGCUGACUUUCAGAAAAGUCGACGGAUCGUACGGCACCUGGCCACACACACAGCCAAGUACAUGGCUUACAGCGUUUGCUCUGAAGACGUUUUCCCAGGCUAUGCAGUUUAUUUCUGUGGAUGAACAUGUGGCUUGUUCUGCCUUCGAGUGGCUCAUCAUAAAACAGAAACCUGACGGCUCCUUCAAAGAAGGCUCCUGGAUCUUGCAUAAAGAAAUGUUGGGUGGAAUCAAUGGUGAUGUCACUUUAACAGCGUUCGUCCUGAUAGCCUUAAUGGAGAGUGUUUGUAGACCAAUGACAGAACACGUUGCCAUGACAACACGUCUGCGUGCUGUGGAGUAUUUGGAAUCGAGAUUACAUGAGAUCAACAGACCUUUAGCAGUUGCCAUGACAUCAUAUGCUUUGGCAAUGUCAAAUAGUCCCCUUAGAUAUAUGGCCUUUGAAAAGCUUACACAAAUGGCAAAAUCCACCGUUGAUGGUUUGACCUACUGGAGUCAAGGAAGUGAAGACCAUUUCGUUGAUGAUCUGACACCUUACUGGUAUGCUAAAAAGCCAGGUGCCCUUGCCGUGGAAACGACCGCAUACGCGCUGCUUGCGUACCUGGAGAUGGGAAACAUCAAGGAGAGCAACCUGAUCACUGCCUGGUUAAUACAACAACGGGAAUCUCAUGGCUCCUUUGUUUCAACGCAGGACACAGUAAUGGGUCUACAGGCAUUAUCAGAGUAUAGUAUACGAACCUACGCUGCCAUUUUGGAUAUGACAUGCGACAUCCGGUCUGAAGUAGAUAAGGAUUUCCAAAAAUCAAUCACACUUAACCAACAGGAUGCCUUCGUUCUUAAAUCUAUUUCACAGGUACCGACAGGUGGGAAGCUUCACCUGGAUGCGGAGGGGACCGGUGUGGGGAUGAUGCAGGUGGAGGUACGCUUCAACGUGCCCGGUGACGAGGAGGUCGCCUGUCCCUUCAACAUCACUAUCAAGAGUGAGAGUCUCUCGCACCUUCUCACACAGUUCUUCUCGCAACAAAAAAGAAGAACGUGUCGCCCAUGUUCUGUGGACUGCAAGGAUGAAGAGGAUGAGGAUGAUGAUGCAGACAUAGAGACGUUCACGUUUCCUUCAGUCGUGCCAAGAAUCGGAAACAUUCGUCAUGAAAUGGAAAACUCGCAGACCAACAGAGAAAUUAAUAAAACCCCAGGUACCUCGCGGGUUGGUGGACUGUUCUCCAAGAUAGGAAACCUCAAUGUACGACGAGAAAGAUCGGUUCUGGUCAGUGCCAGGGUUCUUUGCAUCGAAGUCUGUGUCCGGUACAACGGCAAACAGGAAACAGGUAUGUCAGUAAUAGAUGUCGGAUUAUUCACUGGCUACCAACCCAUUGAAGAUGACUUAAAAAAGCUAAAAGAAAAGGGCAAAAUACAACAUUAUGAACAUUCUCAAAAGUCUGUUAUAUUUUACCUGGAACAGAUUUCUCACAAACAACCUGAGUGUGUUAAAUUUAAAGCCAAACAAAAACAUCUUGCUGAAAAUAUCCAGCCUGCGAAAGUGCAAGUCUACGAUUAUUACAAUCCAGAUGAACGUUGCACAAGAUUCUACAAACCUAAUAAUGUUAGUGGAAAGCUUGUCAACUUCUGUGAUAAUCAGAAGCGUAUCUGUCAGUGUCUUGAAGGUCGAUGUGGUAAAUGUGAAAAACAGUGGUAUGGAAAAUCAUGGGCAUUCUUUUGGAACUAUGCAUGUACAAAUUCAACACAUGCCAUCAUUGUGAAGAUUAUCGAUGCAGACGCAGAACAUGCAGGGUUUGUUAGAUACUUAUGCACCAUCCAGCAAAUCCUACACCAAAGUGGUCCACAACAAUUGAAAGUGAAAGACAAAGUAAUUCUAUUGAAGCGUUCGUCAUGCAGAUGUCCAAAGCUAGAGGUUGACAAGCCGUACACUUUGUUAGUGAAGGAUCCGAAGAAGUUUACAGACAUCGAAGGCAAUGAGCUUUAUGCGUUUCUUCUAGACCAAAAUGUCCUUGCCGUGGAGUUCCAUAAGCCACGUGAGAAAGGACUGGCGGCGCAGGUCAAACAGCUCGCCCGGGUGUUUAAGAGAACGGUGAGAAGAUUACAGAAAAAGGGCUGCUACAAACGAAAAAACAAGAAAACCAAGAGGAAUCUUAAGAAAACGAAAGUCAUGUAAAAAAUGAACUCUUAUGAAGGCGUUUAAUCAGUUAAUAAAAACAACAGACGAUACAAAAGAAUGUGAAAGGAAUUCCCAUACUGUUUAUAUAUGACUGUGUUUUUCGUGUUUUGUGAUCAUGACUUUGUUCAGUUGGUGUUUUCUGUUAUGUAAUAAUAUACAUGUAUAUAUAUAUAUAUAUUGAAAAUAAAUAUAUUUUACAC